AUGGCAUCGAAACCCCCCGAGGUCAGUGCUGCAGACAAACAGUGGCUCACUUUCCGACAAAAGCACGACGCUGAACUCAAGGGCUUCCAACGGUAUGCGGCGGAGUCUUUUGCCAAAUUGCAGGACAACGUCAACAAGGAGCGAGCCAUCAUCCUCGCAAAACACAAGAAAGAAGAAGAAGAGUUCUGGAGCAAGGCCAAGGCGGCAGCAGAUAAGGAGAAGAAGAAGGUUGGCAACACGGCUGUCGGGCCUAAGACGGGUGUCCAGAGUCAAGCAAACCGUCGGGUAGCUGCUGCACCACCGAGAGCUGCUCCUACCAUCAAGAAGACGCCGCCGCUGAGGCCCAAAGCUCCAUCCAUAUCCAAUCCAGCAAGCAACACAGCCACACCGGUAGCAGGACUCAGGAAUAAGAAGGCCGCUGUCACGAUCAUUGAUCUUUGUUCCGACGAGGAUGACGAUGAACCAGUUUUGGUAAAGCAGAAGCCUAUUCUCCAGAUAGCUGGGCAAAAACCUGUCGCAAAAGACCCUUCCAGCUUUUCUGACAAAAUCGGAAACGUGAAUACGCCAAAGCCAGAACAGUUGAAUCGUCAACAUAGUUCGACGAGCGGUUUCGCUUCUUCGAGGCUCUAUCAAGCCCACCAGCCAGACAACCUUCAAUCGCAACAAAGUGUAGGCUACCAAUCAGGCCAGUCAUCGAUGUUCCGAGAAUCGGCUUUCCAUGGCCUUCCUCGAGACGACCACUCCGAUUUGCGAAAGGAAGGCCAUGCUUACUAUUUGAAUGGCUCAAUCGAGUCUUCACAAGAUCUCAGACGUAGCGUUAGGCUCGGUCCUGAUUCUGUCCCGGAUCAUGCGACCAAAAGCAUGGAGAGUGACCUUCGUAAAUCGGUUUCGAAUGAUACUGGUCUCGUAUCCACUCAAGAGAGCCCUCGCACCCCAACCGCAGAGCCACUUACCCCUACCACUCCUAAGACUCCCAGCUUCAGACGGCCAUUCCUCCCAGCCAGUGCCACCAAAGACAGUAUUGCGGUUGCUAGGGGUGUUCGGGCUGGGUCGCAGGUAUCUACUUUUACGCCUACUAAUCGCGCCUCGAGUGCUUCGCAAAGUCAACGCGAUGCGUCGGUCGUAUCGCAUACUUCUUUCUCUUCCCGUUCAGGCAGAGGCAAACGGAAGGUGGUGGAUCUCAGCAGCGAUGAGCAGAGUGACUAUGCCCCGCCGUCUGAUGAUGAGGAGCCUAGUUCCCCUGUCAUGAUGGACGAUGCUCCUGAGCCUGUAAAGAAGCAGACAUCUAGGCCGGCGACCAAGAAGGCUAAACUUCCUCCACCACUACCACCAGCUCUUGCCUCAAAAGGUGUGUAUAAUAAGGGAAAGAAUGGCUUUGGCUUCACGAGCUUGCAGAAAUCGAAACCCAAGGUCAACAGCCAGACUGAUGCGGCAUCACCGACUACCCCACCGCGUGUGCCCACCAGAAAGCCUCAGCCGACGACACCAUCUACACCGACACCUGCGUCUCAGAAGUCCAAAAUCGUUACGUUAAAGACUCAAGGAGCAACGGUAUCGCGCUCACCUCGAAAGGCCAAACUUGACGCGUCUGCAAAGAUCACCCAACUUAGCGAAGCCGAAUUAGAAACUCGGACCAGUAUUGCUAUCGAUGAAGCGAACCAACGUGAGGAAGCAACAGCCGCUGCUGGAAUGUUCGAGCAAGUCAGAGGUGGCAUACGGGCCAUGUCAAUCACUCCUGCACCUAGCACCGCUGGCAUUGCUGCAGAGGACGUAGAAAUGCUAGCCGACGUUUCAGACUUCGAAAUCGCAUCCCCAGAACACGGCGCUGGAUUGAUUUCAUGGACAGAUUCUCGCUUCCAUGGCGACAGGUAUCUUGCCAAGUCUCGCGCUGCUCGACCCAUAGUACAAGACGACUCGGACGACUACGAUGACCCGGACAUCAGUAAGUACAGCGUCAUCGACGGCGUUAUUGUGCAUGAGGCGGAUCGAGAGAGACUGAGACUGACGCAAGAGCAGGAAAGGCUUAUGAAAUCAAGAGGGACAGACGGUGGCAGUCGCGCACGUGUAGUGACCGCAGUUGAGAUGCCGAAGCAUGGUAUGGCUGGGCAGAGUGGGAGGCGCGCGAGAAAGACUAUGAGGUGA